UAUGCGUAGGUUAUUGACAUAGAAACAGUAAUAAAGUUAACUAUUGAAUGAACACAUGCAAUAUUCAAUUCGAUUUAUUUAUUUAUUUUUUUUUAAUAAAUAUAAAAUCUAUUACUUAAAAUUAUAAUUAAUUUCUAUGGAAUUAAUAUUUAUCAAGGAAUAAAUCAUAAACUGUUAUCCUUUUACAUGAUAGAAGUUGUUACUAUGUCCAAAUAGAUAUGGAUACUUUAUUUAUGAUUAAUAUUAUUGUUUAUUGAAGAAUUUCCGCCCCUCCUCCAAAAAAUAAAAAGUAAAAAUCAAUGAUAUUACUAAUCUACAGUUGUUGCUGUGGUUGUUCUUAUGGUUGUUGUGGUUGUUGCUGUAUGUGUUGCUGAGGCAAUGAAAAUACAUUUAAGGAAUAUACAAUAUGUAUUCCAUGUAAAAAGAAAAAAAAAUGUCAAGAUUCUCCUCCCAAAAAAAAGAAAAUCGGAUACAUUUAUUGAUUAAUUUAUUUGAUUCUGAUUAAUGAUAAAUAUGCUCGUCAAUUGAAAAUUGAACGUUCUUUGAGUAAUCUAUCAAAUAUGGUCGAUCAAAGAAAUCCUGAUAAUAUGUCCUAUGAAUGUCAAAUGGAAAAAACUCUUCAAAAAUUACAUGAUGUUAUACAAUUGAGACAAAAAUUACUUCUUGAACGUGCUACAUUAAAAUCUCAACUUGAUAAAUUAUUACAAAGAUCUGUUAAUGAUGUAGAUCUGAUUGUUGGUGAUGACGAUGAUGAUGAUGAUGAUGAUGAUGUUGACGUUGAUGUGGAUUUGGAUGGUGGUGGUGAUGGUGGCGGCAGUGGUGGUAGUAUUGGUGGUGGUUUUGGACAAAAACAAUCAAGCAAUUGUCAACUACAUGAAGCUGAAGAUUCUAAGUCUAAAGAAACUGUAAAACAAAUUCGUUCAAAAAUUAAAGAAUUAGAAAAACGUUGUGCAUUACAAUUAUUAAGACAUGAAGAAAUUUUAUUAGAAAUAGAAGAUGUACGUAAACGUAGUUGUAUUCAAUCAAAUAAUUCAUCAAUGAUGAUGGCAACAACCACUACCACCACCACCACCACCACAACAACAACAACAACAACAACAGCAGCAACAACAUUAAAUUCGAUAAAAAAUCAAUUACAUCAUGAUAUUGAUUUAAUUAAUCAAUCAACAUCAUCAAUAUCUUCUUCUUCUUUAAUCAAUAAUCAUAAUCAUCAUCAUCAUCAUCAUAAUAAAGUUUAUGGUCGAUUAUUACAAUCAAGCCAACAGAAUAAAUUCAAACAAGAUUAUAUACAAUCUUAUGAAAUGGAUUCAUCAUUAUUAUUAGAUCCAUCUUCAACAUUAGAUAUAAUAGGAUUAAAUAAACAAAUGACUACUAAUAAUAAACAAGUUAAAGGUAGAUUAUUUCGUAGUAAUACUGAUCUACAAAUAUCAGAAGGUGAUGAUCCAAAUUUAGUUGAACUAUUUCAAGUUAUUGAAGAAUCGAAUAAAUCAACCGAUGUACCAGCACCAAGAAUGAUAACAUUAGAACGUCAAUUAUUUCAAAGUGUAUUAAUUAGUUGGAAAUCACCAGAAUUAAAUUCAAUUCAUGAAAAUAAAAUUGUAUCUGCCUAUCAUAUUUAUGUAGAUGGACAAUUUCGUUUAGCUGUUAUGGCUAAAGAAAAAACUCGUGCACUUAUUGAUAAUGUGGAUGCUGAUAAACCUCAUCGAAUUUCAAUUCGAUCUAUUUCUUCACAUGGUCAAUCUAAAGAUGCACAAUGUACAUUAGUUGUAGGUCGUGGUAUGACUGCUACACCAGCUCGAUUAAAAGCUACACAAAUUGGUACUAAAUCAGCUAAAUUAAGUUGGAUUCCAGGAAAUAGUAAUUAUUAUCAUCGAGUUUAUUUAAAUGAAACAUCAUUACAUGUAUGCAAACCUGGUGUAUACAAACUUCAUUUAACUGAUUUACCACCAGAUACUUUACAUCAAGUUUGUGUUCAAGCUUUGCCAUCACCAAUUAGUAUACAAGAAUCAGCUCAACAAUCUCCACCUUGGAUUAAUACUGCCUGGAGUGGUGUACAUACACAGAAACUAGCUGCUUUUAUUGAAUUUCGUACACUACCUAUAGGCUUACCAGAUCCUCCAAGUCAUGUACAAAUUGAGGCUGGUCCUCAAGAUGGCAUGCUACUUAUCACAUGGCUUCCAGUUCCACAAGAUAAAAAUGCAGUAGAAGCUGUUACAGCUGCCGGUGCUAGUAAUAGUUUACCAGUACAAGGAUAUACUGUUUGUUUGAAUGGUCAAGCAAUUAUGGAAAUGAAAGGAGCUUCAAGAGAUCAUGCUAUAUUGAAAUUAUCUACAAUUAGAGAUCAUAUUCAAAGAUUAUUCAAUCAAUCCAAUCAAUCAUCAAUCGAUAUUUAUGAUCACAAUAAUAAUAAUAAUAAUAGUUCAAAUAAAUUUUCUAUUACAUCUUCAUCAAUUAUAGAAUUAUAUAUAACUGUCCAUUCAACAAUUCCAACAGAAUUAUCAUCUAAAGAAGAAAUAAAUACAUUGAAAGAAUGUACAUUAUUAAAAGGUUCAGAAGGUCCUGGAUCAAAACCAAUUCAUUUAACUGCAUGUUUAUUAAUUAUGGCAGCUGGUUCACUUGAAACAGCUUAUAAAGUAUUUGGUCCUAAUCUUGCUACUAAACUUGGUAUAAAUGAAAAUACAGCUAAACUAGCUGGUGUAUCUUUAUCACUUGAUGGUUUACAAGAGACAACUACACGUGCAAAUAAUCAAAAUGUGGAAAAUAUCAAUUCAGAUGAAGAUCAUGGAUUAUUAGUUGUAUCAGCUGAGACUGUUGUACGUAAACCUAGUCCAACAGCUGAUGCUUUAGGUUCAGCUGAAUAUUAUUCUGGUCAUGUUAAUCCUCAUGAAAAUCUCUCAUUACCGGAAAUACAAAUAACACGGAAUAGUAGUUUAUCAGAUAAUGAACCACAAUUUCAAGCAAAUGAUCACUAUCAACAACAGUCACGGUAUUCCUACCAGGAUUUUCGUGGACCAACUAGACCUAUUCGAUCUCGUUUUAUGGAUACCAGACGACAUGGUUCAUAUGAUCCUCAGAUGAGUAUUUCUAACUACUCAACAACACGUCAUGAUCCUGACUAUCCACGUCCUGUAGUACCAUCAGAUUCAUAUACAUCUGGACCAAAGAGACAGUUUCAUUAUAACAUACCAUCACCAGCAUCCGGUCCAAUAACUCAACAUGAAUACAGACCUCCAAUUAAUCAAGGCAACAUUAAAAACUGUAGAUCAGGUGAUCAAGGAAGUAGUUUAAGACAAGCAGUUGGAUCACAAUAUUCACGAUCAAAUAAAUCAUUUAUACAAAAUGAACAACAAUAUGGUAGAAACCAAAGAAAUCUUAAUGAUGAUUAUUCAAAUCGAAUGGGUCAUAGUGAAUUAAAACCAAUACAAGUUGUAGUAGCUUUAUAUGAUUAUGAUCCAACUACUAUGUCACCAAAUAUUGAUGGUGCACAAGAAGAAUUACCAUUUCGAGAAGGACAACUUAUCAAAAUUCUUACUGAAUGUGAUGAAGAUGGAUUUUAUCUUGGUGAAUGUAAUGGUCUACGUGGAUUAGUUCCAUCAAAUAUGGUUACUGAAUUACAACCACAUUCAUUAAAAUUAUCAAAUAAAAUAAAUUAUUUAAUUAAUUCUCAAUUAAAUCAUAACAAUAAUAAUUAUACAUCAUUAGAUCAAUUGAAUAAAACUGAUACAACUAAUAUACAUUUAAAUGAACAAAUUCAUUUACCAAAUCAAAAUUAUUAUCUGUUAAAUAAAAAAUAUGAUUCAUUUAUUUCACAACCGAAUUCUAUAUCUCGAAAUAUAGAUUUUAUAAAUGAACAUGCAUAUCAUCAACAAAUGGCAAUACCUGAUUAUGUUGAUAUAAAAGAUUUACAACCGAAUGAAUUAGAACAAAAUCGUAAUCUACAUUAUUCACAAUCUCAAACGAAACAUACUACUACUACUACUACUGCUACUACUACUACUUCUACUACUACUAUUACUUAUACUACUACUAAUACUACCACUACCACUACUACUGAAUUAAGUCAAAAUACAAUGAAUCAAAUUAUACCAAAUACAUUACAUAAUAAACCAAUAGAAUCAAUACAACAACAAAUGAAUCAACCAUCAAAAAUUAUGGUUGCUAUUUAUGAUUAUGAUCCACAUAUAUUAAGUCCUAAUGCAGAUAUUGAUGCUGAAUUAUCUUUUCGAGCAGGUGAACAAAUUAUCAUAUAUGGUAAUAUGGAUGAUGAUGGAUUUUAUUAUGGUGAAACAAAAGAUGGUCGUCGUGGUCUUGUGCCUUCCAAUUUUUUAAAUUCUUGUAUUAAUGAAAUAAAUUAUAUAAAUAAACAAAAAAAUUUUUCAAAUCAAUUAUUAUUUACUAAUUCAUAUGAUUAUGAUCAACAAAAAAUACAAAAUAAUAAAGAUCAAUCAUAUUCAAUGGAUCCAAUAGUUCGAAUAUCAAAUCGAACAAAUUCAUCACAAUUACAAAAUACAAAUUAUAUUAGAAAUACUAAAUCAGAACCAAAUUCUGAUCGAACUAAAUUUGUGCAUCAUACACGAUCCAGUUCACCUUGUACACAAACCAGAUCAUAUACUACUACUAGUAAUGAUAUAAUAAAUACAAACAAUAAUUCAAUGAAUUAUCAUCGAGAUGAAUUAUCUAUAAAUGAUAUAGAACGUUAUCCAGAGAAUGAAGAAAAUCCAAUAAUUGUAAUGGAUUUAAAUCCAAUAACAAAUAAUUCACAUAGAAAAAGUAAUUUAAAUAAAGAUUAUGAUACAACUUAUAUUAAUCAACGUGAUACUGAUAUUAAUGAUAAUUCCAUAGCAACAACUGGUCCUAAUUAUACACAACGAAGACGUUCAACCAUACGAAGUUUAUUUAAACGUGAAUAAAUUCAAAUUCUUUCUUCAUCCUUUUUUUUUAAAAAAAAACUUUUUUUCACUGAAAAGAAAAAAAAAAGCGAAAAAAGAAAAAAAAAUUUGUCAAUAAUAAUAAACUUUAAAUAAGAUUAUAUUAUUCAGUUACAUUGAUACUAUACACUUUACUGUGAUAUUGUAUUGUUCUCAUCAAACACAUGUACACAAACUUGAAUAGAUAUACAUACAUACAUACAUACAUGAACAUGUUUCAAACUGUAUGCUUAUUUUUUUAAUAUGAGUAGUAUAAAAAUGUAUUGAAGAGAUAGACAAACAAUGUUUUCACAUUGUUUUUUCUGGGGGGGGUGCUGCUGGUGGUGAUGGUGAUGGUGGUGGUGUUGGUGGUGGUGAAAGUAAAUGCAGUAAUUCAUCAAUACAACUUGAUUGAAUUAUUUACAAUUCUGUGUAUAAAAGAAAAGAUUCUGUUAUUUGUUUGUCUGUCUGUUUGUUUGUUUUUUUUUUGUUCUGGAAAAUUAAAAGAAAAAGAAAAACAGAAUUAGAAAAAAAGAGAAAAACAAGUUAGCAACUCAGUUGAGUUAAAAUGUAAAAGGAAAAAAAGAAUAAAGAAGUAAAUCAUAGAUAAAAAUAAGAAGGAAUAUAGAUAUAUAUAUAUAUAUAUAUGACCAGUUUGAAAACGAAACCAACUCUUUAUUCCAAUCCACAUCCAGUUACCUUCCAUUUAUUUAUCCAUGAAGAUCAACUUUUGUAGAAUAAAAGAAAAACAAAGUUCUUUUCUUUUUUUACAGUAAAAUCUAAAUUCGAUUUUUCUUGUUAAUUUUCUUCUUCUUUUUUUUUUUAAUUUUUGUAUCAUAUUUGUAAUGAAUAUGUGUAGUUUGAGAUGUAGUAAUGUAUAUUUUAUUUUAAUGGAAUUUUGUUCUCUGAGCUGAAUAAUUUGGUUAUGGAGCUUUCGUCGUUCUUCUAAAUAACAUCAUCAGUAGCAACAACCUUAGAUAGAAGUGAAAUGUUUAAAUUUCUUCCCAUAUGACUCACAGUUUAUCCUGUAGACCUCGAUGUUGAACCAUAUAUGGUGAAAUUUGGACACUUCACUUCUAUUUGAAGUUUAUGCUACUGAUGAUAUCAUUCAGAAGAACAAUGAAUGCUCUAUAAUUAAACUAUUCAACUCAAUGAACAAAACUCCAUCAAAAUCAUUCAGCUGAGUUAUAAAUCUUCUCUAUCAUUUCAAAAUGCAUAUUUUAUUACUAUAUGAUUGAUAUUGUUAAUUAGGAUUUGAAUUUAGAAAGUAUAUCCUUAAACUUUAUAUGACUAUCAUAAAUGUUGUGAGACUAAAGACAAUAGACAAGAAACAUUAGAUCUAAAAUUCAAUGUUACCUUUAUAGUAAUUCUAGUUUAAAUGUACAAAGGAUCAGGUAAGGUUCAUAGUUAUAAUCUAGUAAUAAGGUGUUCAAGCAGUAGGUGAUCUCUUAUUCACGAUUGAGUAAUAAACAAAGUUAUAUAUGUUUUGUCAAUUAGAAUAUAGUCAAUAUUCUGAUUGCUUAAUUUAUUUAUCGUUUAUCAUGGUUGAUAUUUCAGUAGUUAUAUAUGUACUUCAUUAUAUACAGUGAUAAUAUAUAAUUUGAUUAUA